CGCUCGGCUUUGCCCUUCUAGGUUCCCGAGCUUAAGCUUCUGGGCUCUGCGGAGGACGGGUAGUAUGGUCCUAGGAUGCGAGGGUCAUUUCCUUCCGGGCGGGGGUCAAAUCCUCGGGAAUCCGAGACAUCUCGUCCAGCCAGCUGCCCCAAACGGGGCGCAGGCCGUUGUCACCAGUCUAGGAGACUCCAGAGAACCGCCACGCCGUCCCUCUCGGGUGCGGAAAGCCAGCUUCCCCUGGCCCGUUGAGAAGGUUCCUGGCUAUCCACCGGACCGAAGCAUUUGAGGGCAGGAGCCGCGCCAAGCAUGCGGGAUAGACCAGUGGAGAGCACUUUGUUCUGACUGCCUGUCCUCCCCACCCAGACCGAGACUCGGCGCCGCACACUCCCCCCGGGGGGGUCGGGGGGGGGGCGGUGCAGUCACGUGCACCCCACACUUGCGCUCACAAGCGCGCAAGGCUCUCGCUCUCCGCCCCGCACACCUGCGCUCCGCCCCCUGGUCCCGGGCUGGCGACCGGCGAAGGCAUUUGGGAACCUAGAUCGGCUGCGGCGGCGCCCCCCACCCCCAUCUCCUUCCCCUUUCCACAGCCAGAGUUGUCCGGAGCCAGCCGCCGCUCCCAACUAGCCCGCAUCCCUCUUCAUCCUUCCCUCCCCCUGCCUGCCGCGGCACCGGUAUCUGCAGCCGGAGCCCGGAGCCGGUGAGGCGGCGAAGGGGGGAGGGGGAGGAAGCAAGGGAUGAGCGCCGGGAGGGCGUCGGGGGCCCUGAGCCGGACUAGGACGUCCCUGGAGCCGGAACCGGAGCCGGAGCCGGAGCCAGAACCAAACCACCGGUACCGAGUGGGCCAGGUGGUGAGGAUGGGAGGAACCGAAAGGGGUGGCGUUGUGCGGGCAUACAGGCAGGGGAGGGGGUUGCAGAGGCCUGGCUCAGGCCGGCGCGGAGGAGGUGCGGACGCUGACUCAGGCGCGAUUCUUGCGCCGGCCGCCUGAGAAUUCCGUCCCAUCUCGCUCUGCAGUGUCCUUGGGAGGGACGGAAGCGCAGGACAAGCUGGAAAGGGGAACGCUCUGGGCGUCGGGGAAGCAGGAUCAGGGUCGUGGAAGAGGGCUUGCGCAGCCGCCGUCUGGCACCCUUGCCCCGGACCAGCACCCCUGGCACGGACAGCUCCUUGGUUGGGUAGGGGGGUGGGGCGGGACCUCAGAGGCUUGUCGGUUUCGGGUCCUGAGGACCGAAUUCCUAUCCCUCCCCCAGUCCCUAGCUGCAGCCCCUAACCCCAGGAGGCUCCCUGGCCCGCGCUCGCCCCCCAGGGCCUCAUGUCGGAACCACAGCCAGACCUGGAGCCGCCCCAACAUGGGCUAUACAUGCUCUUCCUGCUUGUGCUGGUCUUCUUCCUCAUGGGCCUCGUAGGCUUCAUGAUCUGCCACGUGCUCAAGAAGAAGGGCUACCGCUGCCGCACGUCGAGGGGCUCGGAGCCUGACGAUGCCCAGCUCCAGCCCCCUGAGGACGAUGACAUGAAUGAGGACACCGUAGAGAGGAUUGUUCGCUGCAUCAUCCAAAAUGAAGCCAAUGCUGAGGCCUUGAAGGAGAUGCUGGGGGACAGUGAAGGAGAAGGGACAGUGCAGCUGUCCAGUGUGGAUGUUACCUCCAGCCUGCAAGAUGGAGCCCCUUCCCAUCAUCACACAGUGCAUCUGGGCUCUGCAGCCCCUUGCAUCCACUGCAGCCGCAACAAGAGGCCCCCACUUGUCCGCCAGGGACGCUCCAAGGAAGGAAAGAGCCGCCCCCGGCCUGGAGAGACCACCGUGUUCUCUGUGGGCAGGUUCCGGGUGACACACAUUGAGAAACGCUAUGGACUACAUGAGCAUCGUGAUGGCUCUCCCACGGACAGGAGCUGGGGGUCUGGUGGAGGGCAGGACACAGGGGGUAGUCAGGGGUCUGCGGGAGGGCAGCCCAGGGCAGGGAUACCUGCCACUGAGAGUGUGCCCCCUGAGAGGCCACAGCCCCUGGGCCUCGCCAGUCCCCCAAUACAGAACGGAGGUCUCAGGGAUGGCAGCCUAGUCCCUUGUGCACUUGAGGGGAACCCUAGAGCCUCUGCAGAGCCCAUGCUAGGGGCUGGAAGGAAGGGCCCAAGCCCAGGACUGGCCAGUCGAGAGGCAAUUGGACAGCCAAGCAAACUGGACACCUCAGAUCACCAGGUGUCCCCACCACGGGGAGCAGGGGGUGUGUGAGGCUCCUUCUUCAUUGUGCUGAUGGGACUACGAGCUGGCAGGGCCAGGGGGUGGGUGGGCAUAAAGGAGCUCCUUUCCACUGGACAGCACUGCUCCCCAGCUGA